AUGAGUGUUGACAGAUCCAUUUUUUUUUUUGAUUCCACUUUUUCUCCUGGCCCUCUCACGUCCGCCACUGUUCCCUAUCAUUCCUUAUCCUCUUGGACUCUCCUCUCUCUCUCCACAGCCUACCAUUCCUUAUCCACCGUCGUAUCCUCAUCACGCACAGCCUCUUCUUCCGCAAGUUCUUCUGCAGCUACGCCGCUCGACGCUCUACUCCUGGACCACCUCAUCCCGCGCUCCCCCUCUGGCACCUCUGCAUCCUCCCCGAGCGACACCGUUGGCUCCGCGGCCACCGAUAUUACGCUCCCAAGGAAGGUGUGGCUGGACAAAGAUGGCAAGCAGCUACAGCAGUGGCCCAUCGAGGAGGUCGAGACACUGAGGAGGAAACUUGUCAGUCUUCAGCGAACCCAGGUAUCCAAGCUCGAGGCAUGGGAGCUCGUGACGAUGACCGUGAAUGUUGUAGGCGACGGCUUGAUUGUGUCUCAAUCCACACACGAAAGGGCCAUUUUAUUUGAUAGUAUGAGGGAGAAAACAUGCCAAAAUGGCUUAUUCGGGGAACACCGGCGAACAUUGUUGUUGAGAAAAUCCAUAUUGGUUGAUUCGGGGAAGUAACAAUAUCUCUCUCCCCCUCUUUGCUUCUAUGUUAUGUGUGAAAGUAGUACACACUAUGUAUAUGUCAAAAUGAACUCCUUUGUAUUGAAUAAAUCGGUAUUGAGUUGUUACAAAUGUUUGGUUUGUAUAUCCAAUUUGUGUGGUUGCAAAUGCUCUGUGAGAUGAUUGUAAUUAAUAUUCACUAUUGUGAGAUGAUUACAAUAAA